AUGGGUUUGAACAGUUUAUAUUGGGAAUUAUUGGAUCAAAACAUAACGUCUGUUUACAAAGUCAAUUUUUAUUAUCUGAAGUCAUCUUUUCUGCCUUUAAGAUAUGUGUCGUCGUGUCUUUGUUUCUCUGCUAUCUUGUCGUUCUGCUCAGUUUUUAGGCUGAUGCGAGAGACAUUCUCUCGCUGUAAUCGUGCUCUUUCUUGCAGUCGCUCACCAGAUCAUAUGCCUUUUCUCGUUGCUCCUCUCCAUCACAGAGAUCAUAAAGCUCUUAUUUUUAUGAUCGUUGCAUCUGUGAUGUGUCUUUGGAUUGAAAGUGUUGCUUUACAGAAGAUUUGGUCUCAGCAUUUGGGCACUAGUUGCGGUACCAAUGACGGGGCAUUAGAUAGAUUACUCAUUGUGUUCUUUGUUGUACAAAGGCGUCUGUCUGUUCUAUUGCUUAGGCGUAACGUAAUUGAGAUGACGUCUUGA